ACUUGACCGAGUCUUCCUACGUGCUGUCACCUGAGAUGUUGAUGCGUAUUAUUUGGAGGACAGUCAUCUAGUCUCAUCUAUAUUCGAAAUUGAAGGAAUGCUUGGGUGGUUAACGGGACCUUCGCGUCCGAACGAGGACAUGGAUGGCCCAGAAACAACCUUGAACCAGUCGUCGCUACCUGAGCCUCCUGAGACACCAGCACCUGUUUUCGCACUGAGGGCUUUCAAAACGGCUCUCUUCGGAACACCACACCAGCCUACUCCUGAGGCGCGUCGAAGUGUCGAUGUUGAAGACGUUAAUAUACAUAAAUCGCGACUUACCAAAGAUAAUCGCGUAUCUCCACAAGAAUCGACACCCGUUCGGCGUGAAGCGAAGCAAUCAGAAAACCAAGAUGUAGCUCCGAACCCGGCAAAAAAGGUUGUCCCUUUCACGUCGCCUGCAAGACCAGCUGGUAUUUUAUUAACUCCUGGUACUGGCACUACACGUCGAAAGACCGUCUCUUUCGGAGACGGAGUAGUUGAUAAUGAAGGCAAACGGAGAGGGCUUGCCGGCAGAAGCGGUCUUCCGAAUGACUUCCCUGGAAAGUUUCCCAGCCCUUGGACGCCCAGGGAUGCCAACACAGACACCAAGCGCAAGAGAAACUCUUUCACCGAGGCAUUAUAUGAAGUCAGCUCCCUCAAGCCGAUGCGAUCUUGCGAUGCUAAGGGAGCCAUUGGCGAUCAGUCUGAGCCAAGUAAUAUAAAUGUCGGAAGUACCAAGCCGAGACGAACAGUUAAGACCAAUCAUGGCUCGCAGCAGGAUACUCUCGAGGGAAAUGAACCUACCAUAGAUCUCGUCGACCCGAAGUCACAGUCAGGACGCUAUUGGAAGCUUGAAUAUGAGCAGUAUGCUUCGCGGACGAAAAAAGAGAUGAAGAGACUCAUCAAAUACAAGCAGCUCGCGAAAUCCUACGCGAAGAAGAAGGACAUGGAGGCGAUAAAUUUAGGUGAGAAGUUAAGGGAUGAGAAGGAGAAAGUCUCAAAAAUGGAGAAACAGAUAUCUAGUCUCGCGGCGGAAUUAGCGCUGCUUCGACAUAAGGAUGGCGGGGCAGACGCAGAGCAGGCGGAAAUGAUGAAACACCUUACCCAGAAAACUGCAUUGGCUCUAGAAUACAAGCAAAGGGUAAAUGAAUUCGAAGCUGCUUUAGAGGAAGGAAAUGGCCUGAAUGUUGGCCACAUGGGAAAAAGAAAUGCGUCUCCUGGCACCACAGAUACGAUUACUCAAGCAAGUUUAGAGCUAAAGAAAGCUCGAGAGCAAGCAAACGAGAUAAAUUCUUUGCGGGAAGAUCUUGCCCUCUUACAAAGGACUCUUCGAGGUGUUGAGGCAAAAGCAAACCGACUAGAUGAAGAGAAGCAAUCCCUUGAGAAUCUUCUCGCAAAAGCCAAGGAUAGUUACGAGAAUUCUCGGCAAGGAGAGGCAGAAGACGAUCGACAAACACCCCCGCAACAGCAACUUGAAGCGCAGAUCGAGGAAUACAAACAUCUCCUAGCUCAGGCGAGAGUCGAACGUCACCAGACGAAGAAGGCCGUGAAAGAACGCUUUGCGGAGCGUGAGUCAGAAUUGCGCCGUGAAAUUUCUUCACUCAGGGCAGAUCUGACUUUCGCCCGGGAAGCGCUUGGAGGGAAAUGCAAUUUUCAGACAGAUUUAGGCCCUAAAGAGCGGGCAUGGUACGAAAAUGUGAUCGGGGAUCUACAAAAGCAAAUACAGGCUUUGAGGUCCAGAAGCGAUGUAGGUGAUCAAGGAUUUAAUUUGAGUGAGUCGGAGCAAGCACAUCGCGAGACGGCUCAAGGCACCCUUCAUGCGACAAAUGAGCGUUCAUUGGUGCUGUCCAAUACAGAACAAAAGAAAUCUCAUCCCACUGGGACAGCAGCGGUUGAGAAAUCAGAUGUUGACGUUUGGUUGCUGGAUAACCCACGUCGCCAAAUCGGGCGUGCAGCCCGCUCACGCUCUACAUCUAAUGCUCCUCCUCAAAGGAUGAACAAGAAUCCCGGUGCGGGCAUGGGUAAGCCUGGCGGAGAGCGCCCUCUUGGGGAGUUGAGUUUAAACCCGAAGACCGAGUUUGAUGAAGAUGAUGAUCGCUUAUCAUCACCGAACAAACUUGAAUCUGAGGACCACGCUCAAUCGUUCAAUCUUUCAAUACCUGCGCUCCCAUCGCCAGAAAUGACAUCUAUAAGCUCAGUUGCGCCAGUGGAGAAACAGCAGCGGUCAAACGAUGAUGGUACAACUCCUGGAAAGACCUUUUCGCAACGAACUUCAAGCCCACAACACCAUCGUGCAUCACGAUCUACGGCUGGGCUUGGUGUGACGCCAGUAAGCAAGCCAUUGAAGCGCAGAGAUAUAAGCUUCACGGGCCAUGAACACACAGAGCGGAAGCUCGAUCUAAUCAGUAAGAAUAGCAAUGAGCAGAGUCGAAGGAGGCUUUCCAUGGACCCAGGCCGCGCAGCCGCUGCCCAAGCACGGAUUGCAGAAAGGCAGAGACUCCGUGAGCAAAAGCGGACGAACAAAGAAAAUGUGCAUGCAUAAAAGAGAAGUCAUCAAAGCGGGCGUUGGGGGGGAGUAUACAUAAGAUCGAGUCGAUAAUUUUUUUUUUUUUUUUUUUUU